AUGACUAUCUCGUCUUCGGCACUUCCCAACAUUCUAAGCACUCUAUCACCGAGCACAGAACCACCUUCCACUGUUAUUCCCUCUUCCUUGGGAGCUUCCACUUCUGCCAGGGCAGAUUCGACCACCGCGAGGUCUGACGUCGUUUCCACUGACUUGUCAGCCCAGGACUCUACCUCAACCUCUGCCAUCUCACCUGGUUCUAGCAUCUCUUCAUCCGACCUGAACACAAACGUCGACUCUAGUAGUCUCUCUGCGUCACCCACAACAUCUGGCUCUAGCUUGGUGACACCAACAGCAACUUUUGUGACGUCUGUGGUUUUUCUCACAGGGACUGAGUCCUUCACUGCCACAGGCCUGGUCCCUCUCACCACUAUUUACCCAAGCAAUGGUGACGCCCCAAUCCUGGUUUUUGGCGCGGCUAGAAGACUCUUUGCUUCAGUUGCUGUGCCUUAUUCCGGUACGGGUAUCAUCACCGGACCCCAGCAAGUGAGCAUCGUGUUGCCAAGUGGUUCAGGCUCACUAGUGGUCGGAACAAUCGUCUACGCAACACCUGACCCUCUUGUGACUACUGAGGUAGACUACACGGGACUAGGCACCCUCACCUCGCCUCUUCCAUUGACCACCAUCUAUCAAUCUGGUACUGUCCCCGGGACCGUCAUUGUGGCAAGGCCGGCCAUCUUUGCUACGUCUGGAACCAGUUCUACUGUCGGUUCCAGUGCUUCGAGCGAAUCCUCCACUUCUAUCGACUUCAUUACGACAUCGCAGUCCACAAGCUUGGUUGGAAGUAGUUCGUCGUUAGAGACUAGCUCUGUUUCAACAUCCAGUUCUCCGCUUGACUCUAUCUCAACCUCUGUUUCCUCUAGGAGCUCAUCAAGACUGAGCGAUGUUUCCGAGUCUAUCACCUCGAGCUUGCCUAUUGUCCUAGCUGAUUCCAGUACAUCGAGCGAAGUACAGCUGGGAUCAAGCAGCCUUGCAGCGGUUUCCUCAUCAACUUCAUCCGAUAGAUCCACUUCGACGAUUGGUGAUCUGAGCUCUUCCUCAAUCAUUUCAGUCUCCUCAGUCGGUUCCACUCCAAGCCCAGAGCCGAUAAGCUCCAGCGCAACACCGACGGAUGUCGGCUUCUCAACCAGCGGCAGCAUCGAUCCGGCGUUACUGAGCAUGUCUUCAAGCUCGACAAGCGAUGUCAUUUCGUUGGCCUCCACGAGCGAAACCUCCGCUUUCCCAAGUCCGACGACAACAUCAGCUGAGCUAGACACCACAGUAACCCAAGGAACAUCGCAGUCGUCUGAAACAAGCAUCGGAGUGUCUUCUCCCAACACUAUCGAAUCGAGCGACUUUGCGUCUUCGUCUCUUGCGUUAAUAUAUUCUACUGCUUCUUCUCCUGAUAUCAGUUCUACCACUGAUACUUCUUCGAUCGAUGUCACGACUACCAUCGAGUUUCCUUCGUCUUUGGGAAGUGGCUCUUCGUCCGAAAGUACCAUUCCAAUUAUUCCCUCGACCUCGGAUCAGACCGUCAUCUCUAGUUCAGCUCCUCCAGCAUCUGCCCUCUACGACAGCAUCCAGGUACCCUUCACAGGUACUGAUCAGUUAUCCACUCCGAUUCCUAUCAGUACGGUACUUCCGAGCGGGAGCAUUCGUGGAACCAUUGUCUAUGCCGCGCGGUUCCUCACGUCGACAGUGUCGGGUCCGGGUCAAUCCACCGUCACCCUUUCGACCAUCCAGCCUUCUGGAACACAAUCUCUUGGCUUGGUAGUCAUUGCAGUCCCUGCCUCUCUAGAGCCGUCGACGACGCCGUCUGUCUCGUCUGAUAACGGAGGAGCAUUUCCCAGCGAGAUCAGCUCUGAGUCAUCAGCAGCUUCACUCACAACUUCGGUAACUUUGGCAUCUUCGGCAGCUGAGAAAAGCAACACCAGCUUGAGUGGAAGCACCGACAGCACUGGAACUAUCGAACCUAGCACAAGUCUUGAAUCAACUAGCGUCGCAACGACAUCCAGCGAAGUCGCAAGCACGAGCGCCAUCAACACCGGAACAGAUACAGCCUUUGCUUCUCUGCUUACAACCAGCGAUUCGAGCUCUUUGAGCGACGCUCUUUCAACGUCUCAGAGUAGCAGUACCUCUUUCGAGGCCCUCAGUACUGAGACGAGCGCUAGCACUUCGAGUACUAUCAGAUCAGGAGCCAGCAGCUCCAUUUCUACCGAUGGAACCUCAACUGAAGCCAGUUCUUCGAUCUCUUCCACUGUCUCGAGCUUCUCCAUUGGGUCUCUCACCACAGCUACGGAAGCUGACAGCAGCGACAGCGUCUCAAAGACUAGCAGCACCAGCGACUUCGAGACAGUUCCCACAGCACUUGCUUCUCUGAUAUCCACCACCGAUUCCAGCUCCGUGUUUGGCUCAUCCACUACAUUUGACCUCAAGCAUUGA